AUGGCGGUCGAGCAUGAUGUCACGGGUAUUUUCUCGUCCUUCACCACUUACGUUGUACACCACUUUGAGACCGCUAUCAUGGGAGGCGGAGAACAUAUUCCAAUGAAUCACAGAAAGGUUUCAUAUGAUCCAGGACAAAAUGCAUACCUCCAUGCUGUGGUCGAUUUAGGCAGCAAUGGUAUCCGUUGUUCGAUUUCCGAUCUCUCGCCCCCGAGUACCCGAGUUCUUCCCACUGUCCACUUUCAUCGGGUAAACAUCUCUCUGUACGAGGCUCAAGUGGACCCCAAAACGGGCAAUCGAAUCCCCAUUCCACAGCAUGUCAUCGAUCGAGUUGUUAGCGCCAUAGUUCGCUUCCAGAUAGUUUGCGUGGAAAUCGGAGUACCGAACGACAAUAUACGGAUUAUUGCCACCGAAGCAACUCGAACGGCUCUCAAUGCCUCUGCAUUCAUCGAAGCGAUUCGCCAGAAGACCGGUAUCUCAGUGGAAGCACUACGAAAGGAGGAGGAGGGUGUGAUUGGCGCAUGGGGAAUCGCCAGCAGUUUUUCAGACGUGGAGGGACUCGCUCUCGACUUGGGAGGUGGGAGCAUGCAAAUGACAUGGAUCACUUCGCAUGCCGGCAACGUACACAUGAGCCAACAAGGAUCGGUCAGCUUUCCUUAUGGAGCAGCUGCCUUGACACAGAAACUGGCCGAUCUGAAACGGGACAAAAGUAAAGAGGAGGCCCACAAAGCUCGGGAGAAAUUUCGCAAAGAGAUGGCGGACAACUUUCGCGACGCCUUUAAGAGAAUCGAUGUUCCCGAACAUUUGGUGAAAAAAGCCCAGGAACAAGGAGGCUUUCCUCUAUAUCUCUCAGGAGGAGGAUUUCGGGGUUGGGGAUACCUCUUGUUGUAUCUCCACCAGACAAAGGGGCGCAGCUAUCCCAUCUCGAUCAUUAACGGAUAUACUGCGCCUAAGAAGGACUUCGAGGACACUGAAGCUCUCAAAGAGGUAGCUCGGACGGCACACGAGAUUUUCCGAGUCUCGGAUAGGCGGCGCAAACAAGUGCCAUCGGUGGCAUUUUUAGUGAACACAUUAGCGGAAUCAUUACCACAUGGAAUCAAAGAGGCCCACUUCUGCCAGGGUGGAGUAAGAGAAGGUGUGCUGUUUCGAGAGAUGCUCCCGGUCGUCCGCCAGCAGGAUCCUCUGGAGGUCGCUACAGCCCGUUAUGCCCCUUCUUCGGCGCAGGCCCUGGCUGCAUUGAUGUUGGCUGCCCUCCCUCGGCCGUCCGCCAAACGAUCGUUCCCAUCUUCCAUCAGUAUACAUCUAGUCCAGGCCUUUGCUAACAUUCUCUACUACCACGCCACCAUGUCCAAAGAGCUGUCUUCUAGUGCUGCACUUUUCAGCACUAGCACCGGGGUCUUGGCCUCUACUCAUGGAAUCCCACAUGCUCAUCGUGCACUGCUGGCACUGAUGCUCCAGGAGCGUUAUGGUGGAGAAUUACCACCCCGAGACAGGGAUUUUAAGACCCACCUCCAACGGAUCUUGACACCAGAGGAGGUCUGGUGGACACGCUAUCUGGGAAAGCUCGGCCUAGUGCUUAGUCAACUCUACCCAACCGGAUCUAUCGACACAUCUAAGCCUCGCAUUGUUCCUGCGGCACAAUGGCAGGAUGGGCUCGGGAAAAAGGGCGAAAAGGAAGGCUUGAAUCUGACAAUAUCCAUCCAAAAGGUGGCUUACGACCCGACUCACUUGAAGCAGGAGCUUGAGCACGACGUCCAAAGGAUCCAAAAGGUUGGGAAACGAAAGAACUGGAUUGGUGGGCGCGAUGGAUGGGGCAUCAAGGUCCGUGUCUCAGUGGUGGAGGAGAAUUUAUUGACCCCGGUGAGUGGAUAA